GGGUAAACUACCUGCUAACGUGAAACUAACUUGGUUUUACCAGUGUGAAGCCUUAGGAGAACCAACCCUGAGCCAGUUUAAUGAGUGGAUGAAGAAACUUACCAAGGCAGCCUGCAAGGGAGUUGAACCUGGUCACAACAUGCCAAAUACAAAUUAUCGUAACAGCUACGAAGGACACCAGAAAAGCAGUACCGAUCGUCUGAAUAACCGCAAGUAUGAACAAUGUAACGCUCAUUUAACAAAUAAUGAUUCCAAAGAAGCGGGUGCAGGUGAGACCUUUACAGAAAAUUGUCGAGGAUGUGAAGGGAACUGUCCGAAGCUAGAGAAGUGUGCAAACUUUUUGAAGAUGUCCGUCAACUCAAGGUGGAAUCUGAUAAAAUCCCACCGAAUCUGCCGUAUCUGCCUUUUGCAACAUACUCAUCACUGCCAUGUGAAAACAUUUUGCGGAAUCAAUCGAUGCUCGAGACGCCACAACUCGCUUCUACACUGGACACCGCAGACUACAGCAACACCAUUAAGCAAGUGAAAUGGACGCCCCAUUGACGCCAAACCACUUUCUUCUUGGAAGCCCCGACGGGUCUAAACCUCCUAUCUACUUUGACGACACACCCCGCAUGCUACGAAACACGUGGAAGACAGCACAGCUUUACGCAGAUAUAUUCUGGAAGAAAUGGAUCGCCGAGUAUCUUCCAUCACUCACUCGGAGGAGUAAGU